UAACCUCAACCUCUCUCGACUUUCAUUUCAUCAUAAUAUUUAUCUAAAAUCCAUUAAAAUGAUUAAAAUGUAGUUGAUAAGGAAACGCCAGCCUCCGUUGGGUUGUAACAAGUCGUGGUUUAGUUGUAAAAUCAGUCACAAUGUAAAUAUUCCCACAAAUGUAAUAACAGUCUGCUUUUAGAAGGUGACGGGGCCACAAGUUAAAUGCUGUAUGCUGUAUGACCUUUGAAUUCAACAUUUAUUUCCGACAUUUUUGGUGUUGUACCUGUUCGAUUUCGUUUUUAUAAACGUUCAGUAUUUUGUAAUAAAUUAAGAUGUCUAAGCUGCCACAAAAAACCAUUUUCACUUAUGAGACUUUGGUACAUGCCACUGCAGGAGCCGCUGCAAGCAUUUUUGCUAUGAGCAGCGUGUACCCUUUGGAUAUGAUCAAAUUCAGAAAGCAACUUGAAGAUAAAGAACUAGCAGAAAAAUCUACUUUUGAAGGUAUAAUUCACCUACUUAAGACUGAAGGCAUACAGUCUUUAUAUUGUGGAAUUAGUCCUGUUCUAAAAACAUUAGGAGUCUCAUCUUUCGUAUAUUUUUAUGCAUUCCACGGAGUCAAAUCUCUUUUACCACAGGAAAUGCGCAACUCCAAAAACGACUUUCUCUUGAGUCUCUUUGCUGGUGUUUUAAACGUUCUAACUACAAAUCCUCUGUGGGUAGUAAAUAAUCGAUUAAAAAGACAGGAAGAAGAGCUCCAAUUCACUGGCUUGUUGGAUGGACUAGUUCAUAUAGCUACCACAGAAGGUGUAUCCACUUUAUGGAAUGGAGUAGCGCCAUCACUGUUAUUAGUUUCCAAUCCAGUUAUUAAUUUCACGUUAUAUGAAGCGUUGAAGAGGAGAGUUCCUAUUAAAACUGCUACCGCAUACUUUCUAUUAGGUGCCUUAUCGAAAACCAUCGCCACAAUCCUCACGUACCCUCUGCAAGUCGCUCAAACCAGACAACGACUCACCAAAGGACCUAGAAUGAGCACAGCUGCGCUGUUACUUACGUUGAUCCGAAAAGACGGCCCGGGUGCCUUAUUCACAGGCCUAGAAUCGAAAUUAUGGCAAACUGUGUUCGCUACAGCAUUGAUGUUCGCUACCUACGAAAAAGUUGUCCGUUUGGUGUUCAAAUUAUUGUUGGGAACGGCGAGGCGAAAAAAUUUUUAAAUGUAAAUUAGAGAUGUGAAUGUGAAGGAAAUAUGUCAGCAAAAUGUGAUAUUUUAACUGUCUAUUGAGCUAGGUAGCUAAUAAAAUAUGUCCCAAUAUUAA